UUUACGAAAAUUAAUAUAGCUUUGCGAAUUGCAAUAAUUACUAAAUGUUACAACAAAUCAACAUUUAAGUGAAAAAAUGUAAAUUUAUUACCUCAGCGGAGUUGCCAAAGACGGUUUUAAUGGAAUGUCUGUCAGUUUACAUGCCAGGAAGUUCGUUCGUGCGUCAGUCUGUUUACACGUGCGGGUGUUCAAAAGGCGAGUGACGGGCCCGUGGCUUAUUUUCAAAGAUUUUUCGAGAUGGGAGGCAGCAAGGGCGGCGGUGGUAAGAACGGAAUACCAGACAGAUGGAAGGCAUACACUAAUAUGGGCAGACAGAUUCCUGGGACAAGGUUUAUUGCAUUCAAGGUCCCCUUAAAAGAGACUCUGUUGAUUCGACUGGAGGAUUCCUCAUGGUUUGGCCCCCGCACGCUCAUGGACCACUGUGUCGAUCUUGGGCUUGUCAUCGACCUCACCAACACAACUCGUUACUACGAUCCCAAGGAGUUCACAGACCACGGCAUCCAGUACGCCAAGGUGUUUACGGAAGGGCACAAGAUCCCCAAGGACAAGGUCGUUAAGGAGUAA